GGCCGCUCCCUCCUGUGCCCCGGGCUGGCAGCGCCCACGGGAGCCGGAGGACCCCGCGGAACAGCAGCCCCCGGCGGCAGGCGGCCCUGGCGCUGAGGGGCAGGAACCGGUGUUUCCUGUGAGCAUCCAUGGAAGAGUAAAAGGGUUGGAAAGCUGUGUUCUAGAGAAAUUCGUGUGGUUUCUGUUACGCAGAGAAAUGCUGAAAUUUCAAGAAACUGCUAAGCAUGUCAGCGUUGCCAGAUUGAAUUCUGCUCGCUCAGGCGCUGUGAUUGCUAGAAGAUACACUAUUCAGAGGAAACUUGGCAAUGGAAGCUUUGGAAGCGUGUAUCUGGUUUCUGACAGAAGAGCAAAACAAGGAGAAGAAUUAAAGGUUCUAAAGGCAAUCUCUGUUGGAGACUUAAAGCCUAAUGAAACAGUUGAAGCAAACCUGGAAGCACAGCUACUCUCCAAAUUAGACCAUCCAUCCAUUGUCAGAUUUUAUGCAAGCUUUGUGGAGCGAGAUGGUUUCUGCAUUAUCACUGAAUACUGUGAGGGUGGAGAUCUAGACUUCAAAAUUCAAGAGUACAAAGAAUCUGGGAAGAUAUUCACUCAAAGACAAAUAUUAGACUGGUUUAUACAGCUGUUACUCGGAGUCAACUAUAUGCAUGAAAGGUGGAUACUUCACAGAGAUUUGAAAGCCAAGAAUAUAUUUUUGAAAAAUAACCUGCUUAAAAUUGGGGACUUUGGAGUUUCUUGUCUUUUGAUGGGUUCAUGUGAUCUGGCAACUACAUUUACUGGGACACCAUACUACAUGAGCCCAGAAGCACUGAAGCACCAGGGAUAUAACACAAAAUCUGACAUUUGGUCUCUGGGAUGCAUUUUGUAUGAGAUGUGCUGUAUGAACCAUGCCUUCACUGGGCACAACUUUUUGUCUGUGGUGUUCAAGAUUGUAGAGGGUGAUACCCCUUCUCUUCCUGAUAGAUACCCGAGCAAGCUGAAUGCUGUGCUGUGCAGGCAGAGGAAAGUUCAUCUGCAAACUCUGCAGGAUCUGUCUGAAGUACAGAAGAUGACACCACGGGAACGCAUGAGGCUGAGGAAGUUAAAUGCUGCUGAUGAGAAAGCAAAGAAGUUGAAACAGCUGGCAGAGGAAAAAUAUCAAGAAAAUAUGAAGAAAAUGCAAGAAUUCAGGUCCCGUAAUUUUCAGCAGCUGAAUGUUGAUGUCCUACGUGAAUCUGGUGGGCAGACUUCAAAACCUCCAAUUCAUUCUCAACCAGCCACUACAUGUGACUAUGCAUUCACAAGGCAUGAUGAACCAAGUGGAAAUGGGUCAAGUCAACUCUGCGCGUCUGAAUUUGCAGACCAUGAGAUCCCAGAAGACCCAGCAGUAGCAGAAGAAUACUACAAUGAAGAGUUUGAAUCCUGUUCAGAAAGCAGCGAAGAGGAGGAGGAUGUGGAAACGUUACAGACUGUCUCUAAGCCAAAUCACCAGGACAGUGAUAUUGAGGCAAUGGUCAAGUAUCUGGAGAGUGUCCUGAACAGUAGCUCAUUGGGCUCGGGGACUGUCACCAGAGUGUCUCCAGUGGUGCCCCAGGGAUCCAGAGCUCUCAACAGCACUAUGGCUGAGACCAAACUGAAACGCAUGAGGGAAUCUGCCGUUGGGAAGCUGGGAGCAGAGGUGUUUGAGGCCGUGUACAGCUAUCUCAAGCAAGCGAGACAGCAGAACGCCAGUGAGGAGGAGAUCAGGAGACACCUGGAGACCAUGGUUUCUAGAGCAAGUGAUUGCUUUGAAGUAGAUCAGCUCCUCUACUUCGAGGAGCAGCUACAGGCUUCAGAAUCACAUCUUCAGCUGUAAAAGGUGUGUCAGUAACAGGGCUAGAAAAGGUAAGGGAGAGUGAAGGUGUCUUCUUCAGGUCAGCCAACAAGUAUGGGGGGUAUUUGGAGGAACCACUGAAGGUGACAUAGUACGUAAGCAUGUGGGUAAACUCCAUUUGAGAAUCCACACUGCAGUGAGAUGUGCGUAAUCAUGGUAAAGAAUACAGGGACAGGAAGAACAAGUGAUUGCUUGUUACUAUUCCUUGUUCAAAAGGACUGCAUUUAAUCUCUGUGACUUUCAAGUGAGCUGUGAAAAUACGUUCAUAAGUGUGUAUUUAUAUACAGGAGUGCUCAGAUAGACAGGUAUGUGUAUCCAUAGAGGCAGAAGGAUGUCUGGCCAUCUACUGUUUGUGUGUGAAUGUAUAGAGGCAGAGGCCUGAGGCCUGAGCUAUGUCUCACUAUGUUAGAUAGGAGUCCUUGCUGCAACUUCUGCGAGUUUUGGAUCAAAUUCAUUGUACACAGAUGGAACAAUAAACUGAUUAUUUU